UUUGAAGAGACCGUCUUGGUCUAAAGAUGUCCUUGCACAUGAAGUUAAGCACCUUUAUAGUUUUUCUUAUCUCCACCUUCUUCCUUUUCCCUCUCCUUUUUCUGCGUCCCCUUGCAUUCACAACCAAGAACCCACUAUCCUUGAGAUCAUCUCUCUUUGAUUUCUUCACUCUUUCUCACUAUAUAUCACCUCUCUAUAAACCCAAAACACUCCUCUUUUCACACUUUGAAAGGGUAACUUAUCAACUAUUUCUACACCACCACCCCCAAUAAUGUAACAUUGCACCCGAUCGAGAAAAGAAAAACCCACCAUCGCAUUAAUCACUAGCUAGCUAGUGAUUUCCUGCUUCAAAUCAACCCCGCAAGUAAUGGCCACGAAGCAGAAACUAAUAGUUGAAGUUGUUGAUGCCCGGAAUCUCUUACCAAAAGAUGGCCAUGGAAGCUCGAGUCCAUACGUCGUGAUCGAUUUCUAUGGGCAAAGAAAGAGGACGAAAUCAGCAAUUCGUGACUUGAACCCAACAUGGAAUGAAACGCUUGAGUUCAAUGUUGGUAAGCCAUCUAAUGUUUUUGGGGACAUGCUUGAGCUCGAUGUUUACCAUGACAAGAAUUAUGGUCCAACUAGAAGAAUCAACCAUCUUGGUAGAAUUAGAUUAAGUUCGAGCCAGUUUGUUAGAAAAGGCGAGGAGGCUUUGAUAUAUUAUCCCUUGGAGAAAAAAUACUUGUUUAGUUGGACACAAGGUGAGAUCGGAUUAAGGAUCUAUUACCAGGAUGAAGUUACACCACCACCACCACCACAACCAGCAGCAGCACAGGAAGAGGAAGCGAAAGCGGACACGAACCAGGAGUCUUCACCACCACAGCCAACUGCUGAAGCAGCGGCGCCAGCAGAAUCUGAAGCAAUACAACCAGCUGAAGCUCAUAAAUCUGUUGUAGAAACAGGGGCAACGACAGAGUCAAACAAAGAGCAACCUGCUGAAGAGGCAAAGUCCAAUGAGGAACCACCAGCUCAAGCUGAAGCAGCGGCAGCAGCACCACCACCUUCAGAUAAUGCACCAGCACCUAUUCAAGUUGAUAAACCACCAGAAUCUGAUGUGGGACCAUCACCACCUCCACAAGGACCUGGUGGUCAAAACAAAGAGGACCCGUCACCUUCCUCAGCAGCAGUAAACGAGCCUGCUCAAGAAGACGAUGAUGGUAUCGUCUUAGAGCCAACCUUCAGAAAGUGGGGCCCGGCACCACCAGAGAUCGUGGCAGCUUCGACAGGAUCGUUUCCCGAAAUCAAAGUAUCAGGAAUCAACGCUCCACAACCCAUCGUAAGGCCAGUGGCUCCAACCUCGAAUUACACACUGGAACCACAGGAAAGUAUUUCAAUUGAGCGGUCAGCGUUUGAUCUGGUUGAAAAGAUGCAUUACUUGUUUGUUCGGGUAGUGAAGGCUCGGUACCUACCAACCAGUGGGAACCCGGUUGUCAGGAUUGAGGUUUCAAACAGCCGCGUACAAUCAAAACCCGCCAGGAAAACAUUAUGCUUCGAGUGGGAUCAGACUUUUGCAUUUGGCCGCGAUGCACCCGACUCCUCCUCCAUCGUCGAGAUUUCAGUGUGGGACCCACAUGACCCUAAAUCAUCCGAGAUGGCAGCGGCGGCGAAUUUCCUAGGUGGAAUUUGCUUUGAUGUGACGGAGAUCCCAUUGCGGGACCCACCGGACAGCCCACUGGCCCCACAAUGGUACAGGCUGGAAGGAGGUGGAGCCUACAGAAGCGAUUUGAUGCUUGCCACGUGGGUAGGCACACAAGCUGAUGAUUCAUUCCCUGAUGCUUGGAAGACCGACACAGCCGGUAACAUCAACUCUAGAGCUAAAGUCUACUUAUCUCCAAAGUUAUGGUACCUCAGAGCUACUGUAUUAGAAGCCCAGGACAUUUUUCCGUUGAUGCCGUUAAAAGAAACCGCAGUUCAAGUCAAAGCCCAACUAGGUUUCCAAGUGCAAAAAACAAAGACUUCAGUCUCACGUAACGGCACUCCGUCAUGGAACGAGGAUUUAUUAUUUGUAGCAGCGGAGCCAUGUAGUGAUCAAUUGAUUUUCACAUUAGAAAACCGGCAACCAAAAGGGCCGGUUACAAUCGGGAUGGUGAGGAUCGCACUUUCAGCUAUCGAGAGACGGGUAGAUGACAGGAAAGUGGCGUCUAGGUGGUUCAGCUUGGAAGAUCCAAGGAGUGAAAAAGCGGGCUACAGAGGUAGGGUCCAGUUGAGGUUAUGUUUCGAUGGUGGGUACCACGUGAUGGAUGAAGCAGCGCACAUGAGCAGCGAUUACAGGCCAACGGCAAGGCAACUGUGGAAGCAACCGGUGGGGAUUUUUGAGCUGGGUAUCAUUGGGUGCAAGAAUUUAUCACCGAUGAAAACGGUAGACGGUAAGGGCUGUACUGAUGCUUAUUGUGUGGCGAAGUACGGUCCCAAAUGGGUCCGAACCAGAACUGUGUGUGAUAGCUUAGAUCCUAAAUGGAAUGAGCAGUACACGUGGAAGGUUUACGACCCAUGUACCGUGUUGACUAUUGGGGUCUUUGAUAGCUCGGGAGUAUACGAGAUCGAUGGUGAUAAAACUGCCACGCGUCCUGAUUUUCGUAUGGGGAAAGUCCGAGUACGUCUAUCUACCUUGGAGACGGGUAAAGUGUAUAGAAAUAGAUAUCCCUUGAUUUUGUUGACUAAUAAUGGAGUUAAGAAAAUGGGAGAGAUUGAAGUGGCUGUAAAAUUUGUUCGUGCAACUCCAACACUGGAUUUCUUACACGUGUACACACAACCCCUGUUGCCGUUGAUGCAUCAUCUGAAGCCAUUGGGGGUGGUCCAACAAGAAUUGCUGAGGAACUCAGCAGUUAAGAUAAUAGCCACGCACUUGUCAAGAUCCGAGCCAUCGCUGCGACGAGAGGUGGUCUCUUACAUGCUUGAUGUGGACACACAUGCAUUUAGUAUGAGGAAGAUACGAGCCAAUUGGAUUAGGAUUAUCAACGUGAUUGCUAGCGUGAUUGAUAUCGUACGAUGGAUCGAUGAUACACGUGUAUGGAAGAAUCCAACGUCUACAAUACUUGUGCAUGCAUUGCUAAUCAUGUUUGUGUGGUUCCCUGAUUUAAUUGUCCCCACAUUAGCAUUUUAUGUGUUUGUGAUUGGUGCUUGGAAUUAUAGGUUUCGGUCAAGGGCGCCAUUGCCCCACUUUGAUCUCAAGCUCUCAUUGGCUGAUACUGCUGAUCGUGAAGAACUUGAUGAGGAGUUUGAUCCCCUGCCGAGUUCUAGGCUGCCGGAGACGGUGCGCACAAGGUACGAUAAGCUGCGCAUGCUUGGGGCACGUGUGCAGACGGUGUUGGGGGAUUUUGCCACACAAGGGGAACGGUUGCAAGCACUGGUAACCUGGAGGGACCCGCGUGCCACGGGGAUCUUUGUGGGGUUGUGUUUUGUGGUGGCGAUGAUCCUCUAUAUGGUACCCUCCAAGAUGGUGGCUAUGGCAUCAGGAUUCUAUUUUUUCCGGCAUCCGAUAUUCCGUGAUAGAAUGCCAUCGCCAGCGUUGAACUUCUUUAGGAGGCUCCCUUCAUUGUCUGAUCGAAUCUUGUAAGCUGAUUGGAUGAUUUUUAGUAGGGAAUAAUGCCAAGCUGCUAAUCCUAAUCCUAAUCCUCUUCCUGGCAUAUGUAAUCGAAAGUUAGAUAAUUAAUUUAGGGCAAAGUAGUGCUUAAUUAAUAAGCUGUAUGCCCAGUACCGCAUGCUCAUAAUGUGUGGCCCAGGUGUACGGGCCACAGACCAUGGGCUCCGGCCACAAGAACGGCCCAUUUGAGGUUCCUUUUUAUGCAAUUUCCCAUUUUCAUAUCUAGAA